AUGGAACUCAAACUGGCCAUUGGGACUCGAUCUGCUUCUGAAACUUUUCACUACGAGCGCGAGCAGCGAAUACUCCUAUUUUUCCUCGAUGUAGUGGAUAAACCGGGAAACAUUUUUGAGCAGAAUCCCCUUUUCGCACGGGGAAUCGACACAAUUGAGCCCGAAAAUAUAGAGGCCGUUCCAUCGGCACAAUUCACCGGUUGUCAUCGCCAGGACAGCUCCUCACUAACCAAUUUUGGACUUGGAUUGCGACCCCCUACUUUCGCUCCCUUGAUGGGAAGUGGUAUAUUCACUCAAGACGGCAAACAGUGGCGCCACUCGCGGGAACUUCUACGACCACAAUUCAUGACCAACCAGCUUAAUAACUCUUUACAAAUAAUGGGUGUUUUGAACAAUCUCAUUCUAUGCAUUCCAGAAGAUGAGGAAGUUGACUUACAGCCCUUAUUCUUCCGCUCACUUUUGAAACUACCCUCUUCUUACUAG